AUGAGGAUGACAGGUUCUCUUAGUGGUGAGUCCUUACUGCAUGGAGUAAAAAGAAUGAGAAUAAUAUUAUGUGAUACGAAUGAAGUAGUUACCAAUCUAUGGCGGGAAUCGAUACCCCAGGCAUAUAUCCAAAAUGACAGAUAUCUCUGCAUUCAUCACGGGCACCUCCAGUCCCUCAUGACUUCGAUGCGAAAAGGUGACAAAACCCACCACGGUCACUCGUAUGCAAUUGUUUCACCAGGAAAUUCAUUCGGCUAUCUGGGAGGGGGGUUUGAUAAAGCUCUGUAUAAUUAUUUCGGUGGAAAGCCCUUUGAGACAUGGUUCAGAAAACAGCUUGAAAAUAGAUACCAUACUGUUGGAUCUGCAACAGUAGUUGAUUUACAACAAUGCUUAGAAGAAAAAACCAUCAAAUGUAGGGAUGGUAUAAGGUAUAUCAUUCACGUCCCGACAGUUGUUGCCCCAUCAGCUCCUAUAUUUGAUUCGACAAAUCCUCUUAAUACAGGAUUUGAGCCUGUUUUCAACGCAAUGUGGAAUGCUUUGAUGCAUGCUCCAAACGGAAUUGAUGGUCUUAUUAUCCCUGGGUUAUGCACCGGGUAUGCAGGCGUACCACCCGCUAUUAGUUGUAAAAGUAUGGCAUUUGCAUUAAGGCUUUAUUUAAUGGGGGAUCUUAUGAGCAAGGAACUAAAGAAUGUACUCAUUAUGUAUUAUUUACGAUACCCAUUCCAACCCUUCUUCCCCGAAAGUUGCAAAAUAGAAUGCCAAAAACUAGACAUAGAUCUUGAAAAGUUGAAGUCAUUUGAUGUAGAAAAGGAUGCUCUAGAAGCGAUUAUUCCUCGAAAAAAAAAUUCAGAUGUAUAA